UUCGCAAUGUCCAAAAUCAUCACCUACGACGACCUCAAGGCUAACUCCACCAAGAACAGCCUCUACGUCCUCCUUCACACCAAGGUGUACAAUGUCACAAAGUUCAUUGAAGAGCACCCUGGAGGCGACGAAGUGAUUCUGGCUGAGGCCGGUAAGGACGCCACCGAGGCUUUCGAGGAUGUUGGCCACUCCGACGAGGCCCGUGCGCUGCUGAAGGGCUUCUACGUCGGCGAAUUCGAGAAGGAGGGUGAGUUGAAGGUCAAGUCGGCGGCCAAGAAUGUCUCCGCUGCGAAAUCGGCCGCGGUCAACAACGCAGUUCAACAAGGAUCGAAUAUGAUGUACUUCGCUCCUCUUGCCCUCCUCACCGGCUACUUCGCAUGGCGGUACCUCUCGAGUGGCUCGCUCUGAAAAGCCACGUAGACAACUUACGCGAGCGUUCUGCUCUCUGUUACUUUGAUGGUGCCUUAUAUGCGUGCUUUCUGCUUUGCUCCAUGUCCCCUGGGAUUUUUCUUACGUGACGCAUAAAUAGUUCUGUUUUGACUAGAAUACUCUCGUUUGUGUCUGAGGGCUUGAAUACCAGCUUUGAGAAUU